GAAGGUAGUAAAUAAAAAUUGAAAAAGUUAACCAAUUGAAAAUAAAAAGAAGGAUCACAAGGGAAAAAUAGAUCAAAGAAAGAACGUAUUAAUUUGAGUAAGAAGAUUCAAUCUGAAGAUGAAAGAAGAUUACGAGACAGAAGAGAGAAAACAAGCUGCUGCAGAUGUUUUGUUCAAUUACUCCAAAUUUGUAGCGGCCUGUAUUGGAAAUCGUGUUCGUCCCGGUGAUUUGAGAAUGCAUCUUAUGAAGGAAAUAUCUGGAAUACCAACAUCUCUGAAGCGGGAGUCAUUUCCAGUUGCAGCUUCUCCAGAUGCAAUGGGCGAAUCUUCAAGUUCUGGUACAGCUAGACUCGAUAAAUCAGAUAGCUUUCGUGCACUAUGAAACUCAUGGACCGAAAGAUGUGGACCUAUAUGUGCACUAGGAACUGGUCAUGGGUACUUGCUAUCUUUUGGUUUUGUUUUCUUUGGGAUGAUGGGAAUAUGUAUAAUACCAGCUAGUGUAUACACAUCUGAUAUGAUUGUAUGAAUUGUAUCUCUGUCAAAUGGGCAGAAACAUUAUAUUGUGGCUGUGAUGUGUGUGAAAUUCUCAUCGUUUUUGUACAUGUCUACCAUGAGCUUUCGUGAA